GCUCCGAUUCGACCCCUAGCCUGGGAACCUCCAUAUGCCAUGGGAGCGGCCCUAGAAAAGGCAAAAAGACAAAAAAAAAAAAAAGAAUUUCACACCAGCCUGACCCUCUUCCUCUAAUCUGCAGGCUAGAGUUCAAUGACAAUGCUUGUCCCGGUAAGGUCCUCCGUGGCAUUUUUUUCCUGACCUAAUCCAGGAUCUGGUAUUGCAUUCAGUUGUCCUCACCUAUAACUUAUUUAAUCCCCAGGGUCUCUGUCUUGUUCCCUCUACUGGGUUUUGUUUUUUUUUUUUCUGUCUUUUUGGAACACCAAAUCCUUAACUCACUGAGCAAGGCCAGGGAUCGAACCCGCAACCUCAUGGUUCCUAGUCAGGUUCAUUUCCGCUGUGCCACCACAGGAACUCCGGUUUUGUUUUGUUUUCAUGGCCGCGCCCGAGGGAGUGGACGUUCCCGGGGUUGAACGCGAGCCGCACCUGAGACCUGUGCCGCAGCUGUGGCAAAGCAGGAUCCUUUCACUCAACGCGCUGGCCUCUCCGGUGGCCCUAGCCACUGCCGUUGGAUGUUUCAUCCCCCGUGCCACAGUGGGGACGCCGAGAAGAUUUUUACCAGAAGCAGAGCAGCCCUGAUGCCUCGAGCUGAGCGGCACGGCCCUGGCCCCACGGGAGCCGUUUGCCAAAGGAGGGGACCGUGUGCACAGCCUGUCUGACCCUAGGACGAGGCCGUGGUCCAUUUCUGUUUGGGCCCAGGAGGCGGAGAUGGAGCGUGUUCCUCUUUGGGCCCCCGGCAAGGUUUCUGGCACGAGUGGGUCCUGAGUCACUGCCUCUGAUUGCCUCUUUCACGAUGGGCAGAGCCUGGGCAGAGAGAUUCGGCCGCGUGCGUGGGGGUCCACGUGUGUGUGUGUGUGUGUGUGCGUUUUCGUGUGAAGGAGGACACGGCCGGGCUGGGUGGAGGCUGCCCCGGUCACCUGCGGGGCUGUGGGCUCCCCCAGGAUUUGCGCACACAGCGCCGUCUGAGACGCGCAGGAGUCCUCUCCCCGCUGCCCUGCCGAGGGGACCUGUCACCCUAAACCACCUGCAGGCCUGCAGUAAACCAACCGCGGCCCCCGCCGCCUGUGUAAGUGGAACUGCGGGGCAGCAGAGCGCUCUGCCAUGAAAAAAUCAUGAGAACACCAAGCUGUGGGCCGGCCUCAGGGAUAACGCAGGAGGCUGGACCCUGGGCGCCUGCCAAGCUGGACCCCGGGAGCAGGCGAUGGGCCCAGGAGUGAGGAAAUCAGGGCCUCUCGCUGAGCCCAGCAGCCCCUGGCCCGGCAGGGGGGCCCUCAUCUUGUGGGGCCACAGAGCCCGGGGGGCAGGGGGCCUGCCAGGGUGGCCCGGCCCCAGGAGGGGCAGGGCAUCUGGGUGUGGAGUGGGGAAUGCCAGCCAGAGCAGCAGCCAGCAGGGCCUGGGGCUGAGGCGCAGGCUCUGGAAGGUGGGGCGGGGCGCGCUGGGGAUCUGCUGUGAGGAGUGACCCCCAGAGGCUCGCUGCCCUGCGGGAAGGGGCUGCCUGGCAUUGCUUAGCGCUGGACCCCGAGACCUGAGUCUGGGAAAGGUGCGACCCGUGGAGGUCCGUCAGCCGGGGUGGGGAGGGGCGCUGCCAGCCCCCAUCCUGGGCCAUUUCCCAGUUUCCAGGGCUCCAGGCCAGCUGAGGCGGGGAGGGCCCUUCCCCAGCCUGCACACACUUGGCGCCUGUGCCAGCUCAUACCACCAGCAUCAGCGUUGCCCGGGCACCAAGCCUGGUGCACGCGCCAGUCACCAUGGCAGCAGGCGGCAUGCUGGCAGGAGCCCAGGCUGGGCUCUAGCAUCUAGGGCCAGCUGUCUAGACGUGCAUGGGUGGGGGUCUUUUCCUGGUAGCCCCAGAGAGGCCUGACUGGGUGGAGGGGGAGGACCUGCCCAUCGCCCAGCACCCCAAGAAAAGAAGAAUUUCCUGAGAGCUCCAGGACGAUGCCAGGGGCCUGGGGGUCUUUAAGGCUCUCUCUGGUCCUGGCCCCAGCUGGAUGCGAAGAGGGGCAGGAGGCCGAGGAUCGGCCCCAGCCUGGUGUGCUGGGGGGGGCUUCUGACAGCUGAGGCAACCCCCGCCUUCUGGGCCCAGCUGUGGCUAGAAGGGUCCAGUGGGCUGUGUUCACCUGCAGAUGGCCGCUCCCUGAAGUAGAGGCUAAGGUGCAGCUCCCCUCAAGCAAACAUAGUUAGGUCAGUGCGACGUCUGUGCCCAGGUGCGGUCCAGGAAGCUGAUGCCGGCCCAGGGCAGGGGGCAUGUGCUUGGCACACGCCCGCCCUGGGGAGAGGACUACAUAAGGUUCAGAAGCGAGCCGGGGGUAGACGAGUGGGACUCCCAGAGUGGCCGAGACUUCGGAUGUCCCAGAGGGCAGGCUGGACGGGGAACGGUGGGCGCCUGUGGGGCUGUCGUGUGGACACGUCCUGGCAGGAGGCACGGCCACAGGGCUGCCUGGGGUCCUGUGACCCGGGUGCUCCCCAUGGCCCAAGGGUGCUGCCAGCCCAGCCAGGCUCUCGGGCAAGUGUCGGUACACCUGGGGUGUGAUACGCCUCGGAAGCAGCCCUUGGGUGUGCACAGCCUGACCGUCCUGCCACGAGGGGCGAGGGGCUCCGAGGCGCGCAUCCAGAGCUGCGGCUCCAGGCUGGGGUGGCCCAGCAGGCGGCUGGGGCUCGCUCGCCCCGGUCCAUCCUGUGCACUUGCGCCCACACACGGGGGCCCCCACCGCAAACACUCACAGGCUUUCUUUUUUUCUUUCUAGGGCCGCACGUGCAGCAUAUGGAGGUUCCCAGGUUAGGGGUCGAAUCCGAGCUGUAGCCGCCAGCCUACAGCACAGCCACAGCACUGUGGGAUCCCAACCGCAUCUGUGGCCUGCACCGCAGCUCACAGCAAUGCCGAUCCUCAACCCACUGAGCGAGGCCAAGGAUCGAACCCACAUCUUCACAGACACAGGUUCUUAACCCACUGAGCCACAGGGGGAACACCCACAACAUUACUAAGUACCAGCUGGGUGCCGGAACCUUGCUGGGGAUCCAGAAAGGACCCAGGACCCUACCAGGCGCCGGGCCUUGGAUCCCAGGCGGUGUGCUGGGGGUGGGGCAUCCACGUGAGCAACUCCUCUCAAGCGGGCCUAUGCUGGAAGGCUUGCCUGUCCCCCAGGCGCCUGAAGAGCCACCCUGUGGCUCCCACCCCCAGGUGGUGCCAGGCAGCCCCACCCCACCGCCACCUGGGGCCGCAGGGCCCUGGAACUGAGAGGCCACAGGCACUUCUGGCUCUGCUGCUGAGAGGCUGCCUGGAGCCAGGCCCACUUAGCGCCUGGCAGCACGUGAUGCCCGUGAGCGCCCUGCCAGCAGCACUCAGCCCUAAUGAGGCCGUCAUGCUGAUUGGGGGUGUGCUGGCUCCUUUGCAGCCGGGCUGGGAGUGGGGUGCAGAGGAGUGACCAGUGCCCGUACCUGGGGUGGCCGUGGGCGCCGCUUCCCCUCGGGGCCCCCGUGCACAUGGAAGCUGUGGUGUGGAUCAGAGCCCGGUUUCUGCCCCAAAUCGGGGCAUUCCCCGGCAUCAAGGCCUGGGCCCUCGGUCCCCCGGGAACGGGUUCUGCGUGGGUUUCAUCUCUGGGGAGAGGGUGCAACCCCAGACCGUAUCUCCCUACCGUGGGGCACCUGGCACACAGCCUUACUGGGCACACAGUGAUGCCCCACAAAUGUGUGGGUCUCAGAGGGGGACAUCACCAGUCCACAGGCAGCGCCGAGACUGGCUCGCUCGCUGGCCCGCGGCGGGCACUGCUGUCAUGGGCAUUUGUGUGCAGGCUCGUCUCCCUGAAGUCCAGGGAACCCCACAAGCGAGGUGUUGGGUCCCCUCUGUGGCGUCUGCCCGUGCCUGGUGAGGUCCCUACCUAGGACCUGGAAAAUGGAGGACAGACUCCUGACCCUGUGCCCACUCCCUGACCGUGGCCUAUGUGCCCAUGUGCCCACCUGGCCCCUAGGGCCCAUGCAGGCCCAGCCCUAGGCCCUUCAUUCUGUCGGACUUCCACCUGCCCCCAGAGGAUGGGGGGGUGAUGCCUGAAGCACCCAGGGCCCGUAAGCACGGGUGAGGCUGGAGACCGUGGCUGGGAGUGCCCUGUGGCUCCCUGUCCUGGUCCCCAGGGAGGCCCGAGGGUCACACACUGUGAUGGGAAGAGGACACCGUAGCUGGCCCGGGCCCAGGAUGGGCAGCUCUGGUUUCACUACUUGGCUCUUGGCUGCUGAGGCAGGUGCAAGAGAGCCGGCCCACGGCAGGCAGGGCCAAGUGAGUGGGCCCACGGCAGCCCCCAAAGACACCCCCUCGGGCUAGCGUAGGCAGGGGUGCAAGGGGGUGGCCCCGGCGGCUGGGGUCAGAGGUCGUCGGCUCUGGCUUCUCCCAGCCUGCUGGCCUCAUCCUUCUGCUGGGAAGGCUUUGCCCUCUGUGGCCCUGGGACCCAACCUGUGAAGACCCCAGAGUCAAGGCGGUUGCUGUGUUGCCAUGAACGGCAGUUCAGGGGUUCCUAAGGCCACCCACCAGGGCCGGCGUCACCAGAGCUCACCCAUAGAAGUCAGUGGCAACCUCGUGAACCUUGUGAGUUGCUCAGGGUACAGAGUUCAGCUCCCAGCCUGGCCCUCUGACCCUGGGUCCCAUGGGCUGUCACCUCCUUGAGCUGCCAAGGCUGUGUGUGCUCUGUGCGGGUCCUCCUGUGUCACCGUCCCACUGUGCAGCCCACUAGGCGGGCAUCACGGUCUCCAUCACACAGCUGCCACCUCAGCCCAAACUUGGGGCCUCUCCCCGGGCCCAGCACAGCCAGGUGGGCUGGCCAGUGUGAAUUCGACCAAGCAGCUGCCUCCCCACACCCGCCUUGUAUCUGGGUGCCAGGAUGGGGGUGCCCGGCCCGCUCACUGGCACCGACAGCCCGGCCUGCCACUUUCCCAGGCGUAAGCCACCCUUGGGCAGCACCGGCCCCGGGGCUGCUGGAGGCAUGGUGCAGGAUGCCGCCCCGGUGGGGGCCUUGCUGUGCUCCUGGCAGCAGGAAUCAGAGAAGCAGUAACUGGAUCUGCGGCUGAGGGUGGAGGGCUGCGAUCGGGUUGCGGCCACAUGCGAGUUUUCCACCAGGCGGCUUUCUCUACCUCGGGAAAGGGCCGGGCUGGACCGCCAAGUCCAAGCAGCGGGUCCGGGGGCCCCGAGGUGGGGGGCGAGGUGGAGAGAGGCCGGGCGGUGCGGGGACCCGGCACCAGCCCGGGGCCGGGAGCUGCCAGCAAAGACAAGGCAGCGGUCCGCCCUGCGGUGGGUGGCGCUCUCCCAGCCCCCAGGCCCCGGGCUCCGGCCCCUGGCCAGUCCGGCACUGGCUGGAGUCCAAGCUGGGGUAACGAAAGGCAGCCGCUCUUCCUAAGCCGGCCGGGCUCUGAUCCGCCCUCCCGCCCGCCCUCUGCCACCCGCUGGCCAUGUAAGAGCUGCCCGGGCCGGUGACUGCUGGUCAGAGGCAGUGUCCGAGCGGGCAGCCGGUCCAUGACACCGGCCGGGCCGGGGGACCACGGGCCAACCCAGCCGACCCGGGCCUCUGGGGGCCCUCGGGGGCCGUGAGCGCCCAGAGAGAGCUUGCCGGCCCUUCUCGGGGACGUCAGCUGGUCCCCAAGAUGCCCACCAACGGCCUGCACCAGGUGCUGAAGAUCCAGUUUGGCCUCGUCAAUGACACUGACCGCUACCUGACGGCUGAGAGCUUUGGCUUCACGGUCAAUGCCUCGGCGCUCAGCCUCAAGAGGAAGCAGAUGUGGGUGCUGGAGCCGGACCCGGGGCUUGGCACGGCCGUGCUGUUGCGCAGCAGCCACCUGGGCCGUUACCUGUCGGCCGAGGAGGACGGGCGUGUGGCCUGCGAGGCGGAGCAGCCGGGCCGCGACUGUCGCUUCCUGGUCCUGCCGCAGCCCGAUGGGCGCUGGGUGCUGCAGUCCGAGCCGCACGGCCGCUUCUUCGGGGGCACCGAGGACCAGCUGUCCUGCUUCGCCACGGCCAUCACCCCAGCCGAGCUGUGGACGGUGCACCUGGCCAUCCACCCGCAGGCCCACCUGCGGAGCGUGAGCCGGCGGCGCUACGCGCACCUGUGCCCGCAGGAGGACGAGAUCGCCGCGGACAGCAACACGCCGUGGGGCGUGGACGCGCUCUUCACGCUCAUCUUCCAGAACCGGCGCUACUGCCUCAAGUCCUGCGACAGCCGCUACCUGCGCAGCGACGGCCGCCUCGUCUGGGAGCCCGAGGCCCGCGCCUGCUACACGCUGGAGUUCAAGGCGGGCAAGCUGGCCUUCAAGGACUGCGAUGGCCGCUACCUGGCGCCCGUGGGGCCGGCGGGCACGCUCAGGGCCGGCCGAAACACGCGGCCCGGCAAGGACGAGCUCUUCGACCUGGAGGAGAGUCACCCGCAGGUGGUGCUGCUGGCCGCCAACCACCGCUACGUGUCCGUGCGGCAAGGGGUCAAUGUCUCAGCCAACCAAGACGAAGAGCUGGAUCAUGAGACCUUCCUGAUGCAAAUCGACAAAGAGACAAAGAAGUGCACCUUCUAUUCCAGCACCGGGGGCUACUGGACCCUGGUCACCCACGGGGGCAUCCAGGCCACAGCCACGCAAGUUUCUGCCAAUGCCAUGUUUGAGAUGGAGUGGCGGGGCAGGCGCGUGGCUCUCAAGGCCAGUAACGGGCGCUACGUGUGCAUGAAGAAGAACGGGCAGCUGGCAGCCAUCAGCGAUUUCGUGGGCGAGGACGAGGAGUUCAUCCUCAAGCUCAUCAACCGGCCCCUCCUUGUGCUGCGCGGCCUGGACGGCUUCGUCGGCCACCGCCGCGGCUCCAACCAGCUGGACACCAACCGCUCGGUCUACGACGUCUUCCACCUGAGCUUCAGCGACGGCGCCUACCAGAUCCGAGGCCGCGGCGGCGGGUUCUGGCACACCGGCAGCCACGGCAGCGUGUGCAGCGACGGCGAGCGCGCCGAGGACUUCCUGUUCGAGUUCCGCGAGCGCGGCCGCCUGGCCAUCCGCGCCCGGAGCGGCAAGUACCUGCGCGGCGGCGCCUCGGGGCUGCUGCGCGCGGACGCGGACGCGCCGGCCGGGGUCGCGCUCUGGGAGUACUGAGCGCCGCCGCCCCCCGUCCCCCAUUAAACCGUGUCUGCGA